AUGCAGAGUUCCUUGAGCCCCGAAGUCCCACCACCCCCGGGCAGCGUCCAUAGCAAUGGGUCGCCGAACAAUCUCGGUAUGGUCCCCGACCUGGAUUCUCCCGCCGACCGCAACUCUCCCAACGCACCCUCUUCGGUGACUAGUGAUUCCCGAACCCAAGGCCAAGCGCCCCCCGUCGCCGUUCCUGCGGCAUGCCUCGCAUGUCGAGGCAAGCAUCUCAAAUGCGACGGUCAGAAUCCCUGCUCUCGAUGUCAGACUUCGCAGUCCGAAUGCGUAUAUGUCGCCUCCCGCCGCGGCUACAAGGGCCCACGAAGGAACACCGCCGCUAAUCCCAAUAAGAGAGCCCGAUCGUCAUCCCCUACAUCUAGUAUUGCUGUCGCUGAUGGCUGUCCAAUGCUUCUUGGCGCCAAUGGUUCCUCGGCUGCCAUGCAGAACCCCAUAGCAUCAUUUAACUCUGGCAUCGUCCUUCCGGACACGCCAAGCACGACAUUUGCGGCGACCCCUAAUCUCACAAAUCUGCAGCUCUUGCGCUCAUUCGGUGCCGCAACUGGCUUCAACUCGAACCAUGUGGCUCUGGGUCAAACACAACCGGGAUUCCAGGUGCCAUUGCCAACCCUUGCUGAACGGUGCCUCGACUCAUUCUAUCACCACUUCCAUGCCUCUCAUCCGUUUGCUCUCCCUAAGGGAUACCUUCUUCGGAUAACGAGAGACACCAAUGUGGAGCCUCUCCUGGCCGCCAUGCGAUGGAUUGGCUCACUCUUCCUCGAAGUAGGGCCAGCCCGCGCCGGAUUUCUGGAUGAGGCAUUACGCCUCGUGCAGGACCCCACUACCACCAGAGAUGGUUUCUUUGUUCAAGCCUUGAUUAUCCUGAUUGUCGGACUGGACGGGAGCUGUGAUCAGGAAAAGGCUCGGAACCUGCUUGCCGACGCCGAGCGCGUUGCACUGGAGCUGGGCAUGAACACUCGAGAGUAUGCUACGCAAUAUGGCCGGGGAAUUCCAAUCCUGGAGGAGAGCUGGCGGCGAACUUGGUGGGACCUGUUCGUUGUAGACGGGAUGGUGGCUGGAGUUCAUCGCCAGACCAAUUUCCUUCUCUUCGACGUCCCGGCUGACGCCGGUCUACCUUGUGAGGAACACCAAUACCUUUCAGGAGUGAGUCAUUGUUAUCUGUAA